AUGUUUUCGCCGAUUCUUUACGAAAAUUAUACCAUCGAGGUGUUGGGUCACCAAAUCUCCAGCGUAAUCCCGUCCUUCGUUCCUUUUAUCAAGAACUUGGAGGUGAUUAUUGACAUUAGACCGGAAAUGUUGCCCGCAUUCAAACAAACCAGCCUGGAUUGUGUUUUGUUGAUUAUGAAAUAUCUGAACAAUACUAAGGAACUCCAAUCUUUCAGGUUGGUUAAUAACAGCCGUUUGUCCAUAUUUGAGGUUGGGGGUGAUGAUAUGGAGAAUGACAACAUCACGUGUGGCGCCUUGAUCUUAGAGAAUGCGACAUUAUUACGUCGCCUCAAAGACAUUCGAAGCCUUAAGAAGGUUCACUUUCGAAGUGCCGCUCUAGCUACCCGGGAAGCUGCUCAGGCUCCGCAUAUGUGUCUUUUCAAAGUGAGCGGAUUCGUCAACCUGACUAGUCUAGAGCUUUACGCUCUCCAUGGUGACAAGUACAGUAUCAUCAGAGAUCUGGUAGAAAUUUUACGCACAUCGCCUGCCCUACAGAUACUAGGUUUAGGUCUAACUGGAGAAUGGAUUCCUGAUACCCAAGCUUUUCUACAUAGAGAGGGAACCAGAGAUUGUCUCUCAGAGCUGUGUCGACUUUACAAAGAAAAGCCAGAGACUUCGCCAUUAAAUCUGAGAGAGCUCAAACUCGGAUGUGGUAUGAUUCCCUGGUUUAGCAUAUCGCAGAAUGAUACUCGGUGUCUGAGUAGUCUGGUUAAUACCGGAUCACUUCAAGAACUACAAAUAUUUAACGCAGAAGAUGAAGAAGCUUUCUACGAGAAAAUAAAUCUGGAUUAUCUGAGCAUGGAUAUUUGUCCAAAACUCCGAAAGCUUUGGGUCAAUAGGAUGUCGGAUGAGCUAGUCACUUGGUUAAUGACGAAACGCAACUCAGUGACUGAGCUGAUCAUGACAGACUACCAACCACAGUGGCGCUUUGUAGAAGCUAGGGAAGGACCAAUCAACAACAUCAGGCUACCGGAAACAAUAUCUUUACUGUAUCUCCGUGAGGAUGCAGAUACAGCAGACUACGGCCAAUUUUUAUACGACAUCUGUAGUACCUGGGAGGCGUCAAGAGCCUUCACUUCAAUUGCGUCGCGCCACAUGGCGGUUGGUUCUCAGUAUCUUACCGACCUUUCGGCUUCGAUUGACUUUGAAAUACAAUGGGACGAAUUUAGGUGUCAAAUACCCAAUGUUCCGUCGUUGACUCGACUCUCGUUACAAAGUAGGAGAACCAGAUCCCGUGCAUGGCCGUCGGCACAAGCGUCCCGCUGGCCUUACGUCAGAAGACCCCGAGAUAUUGCGUAUCGAUAUGCCCACACACUCGCUGAAGAAUCGAAUUCUCUAAGGUAUAUCGAAAUUGGUGAAUGGGCUUGGAAAAUAAAACGGAGACCAUUCGCACUCGAAGAGCUGGAUGAGGACGAAAAGGAAGCUAUAUAUCUGUUCAACUUACCGAAACUAAUAUCUGAAUCUGCUCUAGGAGGUCGGAGGGACAAUUUGGACUUUGAAAGUACUCACUACUAG